GCUAUUUCUCUUGCCUGCAUCACUCUAUUUAUCCCUUCAAAACUCAGUCGCAUAGAGCAAUAAUCAGGCCAAUUCUAUUGCCAGCCUCAAAAUGAACCCCGCCGUCACCAACCUCGUCUUCUCCCUAGGAGCCAUGCAGGUCGCCAAGCGUCUGCCCAUGGAGGAUAGCGAUUUCAUCCAAAAGCUCAGGGUCGGCUACGUCGCCGCUCAGGUCAUCUCGCUCGCCAUCUACUUUUACAUCCAGAUGCAGAUCAAGAAGAAGAACGACCUGACCACGCUCAAAUACGUCCAGCCCGCCAGCCCCAUGUCGCAAGAGGAGGGUGGACUCGUCACGACCACCGUCAGGGAUUACGACUUGCAGGAGACGAGCAAGGCUAUGAAGGGGUUGUUCACCGGAAUCGCCUUUAUGGGUUUCUUGCACGUGUACAUGAAGUACACUCAGCCCUUGUUCAUCCAGGCCAUCAUGACCAUCAAGGGUGUCCUCGAGUCUAAACCCGCCAAGCUUCACCUGUACGGUCAGAAGGCCGAGGGUGACCUCGCCCGUCCGUUCAAGUCGGCCCCGGGGAUGUUGGAGCAGUUCACCGGACAGUCGACCCAGGUCCAGACCGAUGCUGCCAGCAUCAAGUCUGCGGAGAAGCCUACGGGAGCCAAGAAGGACCUGUAGGGGGCUCCAGGCGUGGCGUGCGGACCAAAUGACGAGACGUUGAAGAGGGAAGAGAGGUGUUCGCUGGCUCGUGGGUGGAGACGAGGGUGGGGAAAGGAUACCGCCAAGCGAGCGGCAGAGGUGGCUUUUUUUUGCUACUUGUAUUUUCGAGAGACGUUAGACAUACCGUGGGACAUCUAUAGAUCAUCGAGGAGAGCGUCUUGUCCAGCUUGUCACCUUUGAUUGUGAAGUUCGAUGUGUAUGGUUGCAUCGGGCGAUCAGUCGUA